GGCCGGGCCGGGCUCCGCCCGCCGCUCUCGGAGGCUCCGCCGGGCCGGGGCCGGUGGCGCAGAGCGGGACCCUCCCGAGCCCGCGUCCGUCCCGCUCCCGGGAGGGGAGGAGCCGGGGGGGCUCCCGGGGAGGAGCCCGGGGGGCUCCCGAUGAGGCGCCGGAGGAUGAACCAGCUGUACAUCGGCAACCUCAGCCCCGCCGCCACCGCCCAGGACCUCCGGCAGCUCUUCGGGGAGCGGCAGCUGCCCCUGCCCGGCCAGGUCCUCCUCAAGUCCGGCUACGCCUUCGUGGACUACCCGGACCAAAACUGGGCCAUCCGGGCCAUCGAGACCCUCUCGGGGAAAGUGGAGCUGCACGGCAAAGUGAUGGAAGUGGAUUAUUCCGUGCCCAAAAAGCUCAGGUAACCCCGCGGUGUCGCCCCAGGACUCGCCCCGGUGCCUGUGUCCAUCCCAGCGGGACGGGGGGCGCUCCGGGAGCUGGGAUGCGGGGCACGGGGGGGGCGGGGGAGCCCCGUCGGUUUUACUUUCGCUCCGGAGCGCAGCGCGGCGGGGGAAGGAGCUGCCGGCCCACGGCCGCGUUCCCACGGCCGGGCACCCCCGUGAUGCCCCCUCACCCCACGCUCCCCGCCGCUCCCGGGGAAAACCGCCGCUUGUUUAGCAGGAAAACACGAGAAAACCCCUUUCCUCCCACUUUCCGCGGCGCGGACGGAGCUUUUCCCGGCAGCGCAGCCACCCUCACCCUUAGACUUAUUAUUUUUAGCCGGUAAUUAAUCAAUUUUCCCUCUCCAAACACCUCAUCCCCCCCCUUUAUCCAGCCGGAGAACCCCAAAAGCCGAAGCGUUUCCCGUGUAACGCACCGCGGCGAGCGCGCCCUCUCAUUCCCAUCAGGUGCCCGAGGCCGGGCUGAUGGGCACACGCGUUCCGCAGGGAAAACAAACCCCGGCACCGUGUGGCGUAGCCUCAUCCCGAGGUUUAUUCUCCCCCUCGUCAUGUGUCGGGAUAAAAGGGAACAACAACAACAACAAAAAAACCCCAUCGGCCGCUCCGGGCGGGUAAUUUGGCGCCGCUGGGCGCGGAGGCUCGGCCUGGGCUGGGAGGUGGGCUACGGAUUUGGCCCGGGAUUGCUGCUGGGGUAUUAAUUUGGAAGUGGCGGGGGGGUUGGAAAUGCUGUUGUGUAAUUGAGGCUUACGGGGGGGGAACGGCUCGUGCCCGGCAUCACGUGUGCCGGAGUGGGAUUUCGUCUUCGGCGGGGAUCGCACGCUGCCUACCUUCAAAAAUAAACCAACCAUCCAAACGAGCCCCCCCAGAAAUCCCCAGGUGUGCCAUUUCCGAGCUGAACCUCCGCAGCGGCCGCAGGCUGGGCUGGCGGUGCCUUUGGAAGAGGGAUGGAGGCAGAAAUCGGGAGUUUGGGGCGAUAGUACGGAGCCAGGGCUCGACCUUUACCGUGUAGCCGGGGAUGUAAACAAGGAAUUCGUCUUUAAAUUCUCUUCUUUAAAUUCUGGGGCGCGCCCGCUUUUCCUGCCUAGUUUUAAAAUUAGAAAAAAGCCAUUUAACCGGCCCAGAAAUAAAUACUGAUUUAUUUCACACCGCUCUGUGUUCAGCUGGCUCCAAGUUUUCUAUUCCCAAGUUUCUUCCGAUUAUUGAGAUCUAAUUUAAGCUGGUGUCUUUUUAUGCCCAGCUCAAAAAAAUCUGCCCUGCUAAUUUUUAUUAAUAUCCCCAGUUUGGGGGGGCUGUGCCUUGACUCGGUAGAUUAUCGAUUUUAUUUUUGCAAUGUGAUUUUUGGCAGGGGACGGAGCCUCACGUGGUCGUGUUUAUUCUCCCCCUCCCUCUUUAAAUUUGUAGAAAAUUCCAUUUUUAUGGUGGUGGCUGAGUCCCGGAGAGACGCUGGGAUUUCAGGGAGCGAAAUGGUAAAAAUCCCCCCGUUGCUGCAAUGAAUUUGGGGUUUAUUGGUUCGGAGAACCCGAGCUGGGCUGGCUCUCAUCCCUUGGCAUUCCUGCGUCACGGGGAGGUGAGGAGGUGCCGCUGCCCGCUGCUUCCCUCCGUGCCCGACUUCACCUGGAAUGUUGAAUUUUUACACUGAAAUCUAAUACAGAGCUAUGCCACCAACAGAUUUAUAUACGUAUAAAUACCUUUGGAUAAGGAACUGGCUGGAAAACCCCUGGGACAUCUGGCCACGGGAAGUAGGGAAGGGAAUUCCUCGAGGGGAGGUGCUGGCAGAGGGGUUGUUUCUGUUUCUCCGAAGGCAGGAAUUAAAUGUGACAGUGGUGGGAAGGAGCCUGAAUCCUGCCCAGCCCAUCGAUUCACCUCCCACGGGUUUAAAAUCAGCCCUUCUGCUGCCAUCCCCAUGGUCUGGGCUCCUGCAGGAAGUAC